AUGAGCAUCGGAAGAGUAGCAGCCUCAUGUGUGUGUGGCAAACCUGUAGGCCCCAUCGGAUUUGGAAUGAUGGGCUUGACUUUCCCUCCUCCGUUCCCCCAGUUUGAGCGCGAGCAUCAAACUAGCCUACUGAAAAAGGCAUUGGACCAGGGUGCCAACCUUUGGAAUGGAGGGCUUCACUAUGGCACGCCAGAAUCAAACUCGGUACACUUGCUGCGAUACUACUUCGAGAAGUACCCCCAGGAUGCUGAAAAGGUUGUCCUCAACAUCAAAGGUGCCUACGACCGUUACACCGGACCAGCAGGAAGUCCGGAGGCUAUUCGCGCAUCUGUAGAACAAGCUCUCAAAGGGUUGGGAGGCGCAAAGGCGAUUGACAUAUUCGAGAUGGCCCGUGUCGAUCCCCGCACGCCCAUUGAGACUUCUAUCAAAGCCUUGGCUGAGCUGGUAGAAGAGGGCAAGAUUCGCGGUAUUGGCCUGUCCGAGGUCAACGCGAGUACCAUUCGCAAAGCUCACGCCGUGCAUCCCAUCGCAUCCGUAGAGAUUGAGUUGAGUUUGUUUACACCCGAUCCGCUCCACAAUGGCAUUAUGGAGACAUGCCAUGAACUCGGCAUCCCUGUCAUCGCGUACAGUCCGGUCGGACGAGGCUGGCUUACGGGCAAUUUCAAAAAGAUCGAUGAUCUGUCGCCAAAUGACUUUCGAAUUCAGAUGUUCGACCGCUUCAAGCCUGAAGUUUUCGAUCAAAACUACAAACUUGUCGAAGCCGUUGAGAAGGUCGCCCAUCGCAAAGGCCUCAAGACAUCGCAGGUCGCUAUCGCUUGGGUAGCGCGUCAAGGGGCGAUUCCUAUUCCUGGAUCCACCAAUAUCGAGCGUGCCAUCAUGAACAGCAGACUAUCAGAAUUGACCGACAAAGAUAUGGAAGACCUUUACAAGGCACAACAGACCUUUCCCGUAGCAGGUAAACGAUACGGAGGCGCACACGAGGACCUACUGAACGGUUGA